GAGAGAGAGAGAGAGGGAGAGAGAGUCAAGAGCGCGCGGGACCUCUAGAGAGGGAAAGAGGAAGUCUGCGGAUGGAGUAAGGAGGCGAGAAGUUUUCCGGCGAGUAUUAUCCCAAAAUUAUUCGAGUUUUAGUCACAUUUAGGGCAUUGAGCUCGGCCGAUUUUGCAGUGCGACCGAGAGAGAGAGAGGGGAGUGGCUUUCCGAUGAGUCUUUUAGGGUUCAAAUCGGUGGUUUACCAUGGAGAUGCGUGUUUGGGGGAACUGGACACUAUAAAGGUGAAGGAUCAGAAUUUCCAGUUCCCAAACAAUGAGAUACGCAUCCACCACAUCUCUCCCAACAGUGAAAGAUGCCACCCUUUAGCUGUUCUGCAAACAAUUUCCGCCCCUGUUCGCUGCAAGCUCGAACCAAACUCCGACUCAACCUACACUGCUGCUGAUCAGUCUCCGUUGAUCAAUCUCCAUGCCUCGUGCUUCUACGAACUCAAGACAGCGGUGGUGUUAAUAGGGGAUGACGAAGUGCACUUAGUGGCAAUGCCAAGUAAGCAGAAGAAAUUCCCCUGUUUUUGGUGCUUCUCGGUGCCAUCUGGUGUAUAUGGUGCAUGUUUGGGAAUGCUGAAUAUGAGGUGUUUGUCUAUUGUGUUUGAUCUUGAUGAGACCUUGAUUGUUGCAAAUACAAUGAAGUCUUUUGAGGAUAGAAUUGAGGCUUUGCGGAUUAGGAUUGGUAGAGAGAUGGAUCCAGUAAGAGCGUCAGGAAUGGCAGCAGAGAUGAAGAGGUAUGCUGAGGAUAGAGCAUUCUUGAAACAGUACUCAGAAGGUGAUUGUGUAAUGGAUGGUGGGAAAACAUAUAAUGUUCAGCACGAGGAGGUGCUCCAGUUAUCUGAUGGGCAUGAACGUGUUCUUCGCCCAGUCAUAAGAUUGGAGGAAAAGAAUAUUGUUCUUACUCGAAUCAAUCCAGAGAACCGUGAUACUAGUGUGCUAGUCAGACUACGACCUGCUUGGGAUGAUUUAAGAAAUUAUUUGACGGCUAAAGGCCGCAAAAGGUUUGAAGUGUAUGUUUGUACCAUGGCAGAGAGAGAUUAUGCAUUGGAGAUGUGGAGGCUACUUGACCCUGGUGCGCACCUCAUCAGUUUAAAGCAACUAUUGGACCGUGUUGUAUGUGUCAAAUCAGGUGCCAGAAAGUCCUUGCAUAAUGUCUUCCAAGGUGGCAAUUGCCAUCCAAAAUUAGCAAUGGUAAUUGAUGAUCGCUUAAAAGUGUGGGAAGACAAGGAUCAACCCCGUGUUCAUGUAGUCCCUCCCUUUAGCCCAUAUUAUGCUCCUCAGGCAGAGAUAGCAAAUGCUGUACCAAUACUGUGUGUGGCAAGAAAUGUUGCAUGUGAUGUUCGAGCUCGUUUCUUCAGAGAGUUUGAUGAGGAAUUGUUACGACAAAUCUCUGAAGUAUUCUAUGAAGACGACGUGGCAAAACUGCCCUGUGCUCCUGAUGUGAGCAAUUACUUGAUAUCUGAGGACACUAGUUUUGUGUCUAAUGGCAAUUCUAAUGCCCCAAUCCUUGAAGGAAUGCAUGGACCUGAAGUUGCACAGAGAUUGAAUCAGCAGGAUGUGAAGAAUAAUAUCAAUCAUGUUACACCUUCUGUGCCUAGUAAUCCAGAGCUCAAAUCUGAAAACUCACAGUCUCUACUAGGAUCUCCUCCAAAUACAUUCACCACAUCUUCUGUCAGAGGAGUUCUACCUUCAGAAAAACCUAGUUUGCUUGGAGCUCCACACGGACGGGAUAAUAGCUUUUCCGAAGCAGAUCCUGAUGGGAGGAGAAGGUUGCCCAUAUUGAACCAUAGCCAAGAUGUCAGGUUUUGGGGUUCAGCAGAGCCUCCUCUUUUAUCUAGACUGCCUCAGAAAAUACCAGGACUUCCCUUUCAACUGCAGGGCCCCUUGUCUGUGGAUUGCGAAACAAACAGUGGACAUUAUGGUAAUCGAGCACCAGGAAUUAUACAAGAUAGUGAUGCAUUUAGACCUGAUAAACAACGAAGUCGUCAGACUUUGCCAUCACAUUUAUCUGCAUUGAAGAGUGAAGAGGCAAAUUCAAAGCUUGAAAUGCGUGAGCAGAAUCUUCCCAAUCAACUCACUAAGAGUGGCAUUUCUGCGAACCAGACAUCUGCCAUUAAAAGAGAGCCACAACCAGAAGCAGGGAAAACAAACUACUCGCCCUCUUUAGCCAUUGGAGUGCUGCAAGAAAUUGGAAGGAGAUGCAGCUCAAAAGUCGAGUUUAGGCCCGUUGUCAGUACCAGUGAUGAACUGCAGUUCUCUGUCGAGGUAUUCUUUACUGGUGAGAGAAUUGGUGUUGGUAUGGGUAGAACGAGGAAGGAUGCUCAGCAGCAGGCAGCUGAGAAUGCUCUUCAUAACUUGGCUCAGAAAUACGUCUCAUAUGUUGAAUCUCAGAACGGAGCAGUGGAUAAAGACUUUGAUAAGAUUUCACCAGGAAAUGAAAAUGGAUUUUUAUGGGACCCACUCAGUCCUGGAGAUGAAAAGCCAGUGGAGGGUACUUUGUCGAAAGAUAAUGCCUCUGAGGUUGGGGUUUGUGAUGAAGCUGCUCAUGAUUGAAUGGAUUUCUGGUUGUCCACAUUGGUGAUGCUUGGAUCACGGGCGUGUGGAUGCAUGUUUCAAGAUGAGUAGUGAUCACAGAAAGACCGCUGGUUUCUGGAAUUCCAUUGCACCAUUUUUUGACGGGAAAAAAGGGCCAAUGAGGGAAUGUGGAGUGACUGGCAUUCAUACUAAUUGCUGCUAAUCUUGCUAUAUACUUCAUGUUUUGAGGCCAUUGCAGUGACACUUAAAGGAUCCUCUUCAAAAACCUGAUGUUAAUGCAUGGUGGUCAGCUUCUUCUUUUUUUUUUUUCAUUUUUUUUUUCAAAUAGUUUGUAGUUGCCAACUUACCAGAAUACCAGUAGACAACUGGAGGUUUAAUCCUCUUCCGAGACUGCAGUCCCUUGUAAACUUCUGAAAGAGGUGCUGCUGCUGCCAUGUCCAGAAGGCUUUAUCAUCCUUGCCAAAAACUUGGAAUCCUUUGAAAAUAGUACAUAGGGUGGCUCAACAAGGGGGUUAGGUAGGGAUGAUUGAGCUCAAAUUUGGUAUACUUUCUUCUCGAUUUGUCACCCUGCUAAGGCAGUAAUUUACUUAGUAAAUACUUUAAUUUAAGAUGGGCUGGUUUUUUUGCCCCCUUUUGUACCUUUAUUAUUAUCUAGACAUUGUUCAAUUUGCAACGUUUUUAUAGGCAGUCGUGUACCUGCAAAGCUGUAAAUAGAAUUAGCUAGACCAAUUAUGUAAGGGUAGGCAUUGUUGCACUAAUUUUUAUACUGUUCUCUUAUUGGGGGAUUGAAUAAUCAAAUCCUAUUAUUACAAUCUUGGGUUAUUUA